AUGGACAAGAAACGAAAGUAUUCCGAUGAAUAUAUACAAUACGGAUUAACGGCUUUAACCGUUAAUGACGUCGAUAAGCCACAAUGUGUAUUGUGCUGUGUUGUGUUGAGUGUUGAAGCUAUGAAGCCGUCAAAAUUGAAACGGCAUUUGGACACGAAACAUUCUGAGCAUAGCACAAAGGAUGUGGCAGGCCUUAAACGGCAAAUAUUCGAUGCUACAGGCAGCAUCCAACAACAGAACACCGCAGUAGUGCAGGCGUCAUAUGACGCAGCAUUGGAAAUCGUGAAAAACAAAAAACCACAUCGGAGAAACUCUCAUCAAACCCAGCAUGCUGAAAAUGGUGAAUUUGGUUCUUGA